CUGCACCUUCUUGAUCCACUAUUGUUUUCUCAUUCUUCAUUGACAAAGAAGCAGACUCAAGAUGCCUCUGACUGAAAUGGAACAAUGCAUUCAGACCAUCCUGAAACAUUUCCAUGAAUCCGCAGCCCAAGAGGGCAGCUAUGAUACUCUCAACAAAGCUGAGCUGAAGCAGUUUAUCACUAAGAACUUCCCAACUUACAUGAAGAAAUUAAAGGACCCUAAAAUACUUGAUAAUGUAUUUGAACAGCUGGACACGGACCAAAAUCAGGAGAUCAGCUUUGGAGAAAUCAUGCAGUUCAUCACAAUUGUGGCAAUCUUGAGCCACGAUCGCAUCCACGGGGGUACCCCCGAGUCUUCUGCUUAGUAAGGCACUAUACCUUGCAAACCUACCCAGUGCAAACCCAACAAAGGGAACCCCCUUGACUUCCUUGUUCGAGGCUGUCACUGAAAGAGAAUAAAGAUUGGAUCUAACGUU